UUUUCAGGAACUAAAACAUUUGGUAAGCAUGACUAAGUUUCAUGUUAAGCUUUACGCGAAAGCGGUUGAGUCAAGAAAAUUGGAUCAGAUUCAAAAAGAUUUUGAGAAGAAGUUCAAUCGAAAAAUUGAUGUUUCUGUCGAGUAUUGCUACCAUGUUAUUACUCAAGAGCCGGAGCUCAUUUCCUCCAACUGGGAAAAGCUUGUUACUUUAUUAUCUCAUUCUCCAUUUGAAACCUCUGUUUGGAAAGAAUCGCAACUACAUCCGGAACACGGAAAAAAUAUUGAAAUCGGCCCUCGAACAGCUGUGAAAACAGCUGCUUGCACAAACAUCCUUAGCAUUUUCGAAAGUUCUGGUAUCAAGAAUGUGGAGAGAAUUGAACGAGGAAUUCGGUAUUUGGUGGAAGAUGAUGUGGAUGUUAAUGAGUUUUUUGAAAUUGCUGCGGACAAAAUGACAGAAGCAAUUUAUGGAAAUGAUGUGAAGUUUGACGAUGAGAGUCAUCAGAUAGAAAAAGUAUUUCUGAUUGAUGUCUUGGAAUCAAAACAGAACUUGAUUAAGGCAAAUGAAGAACUGGGGUUGGCUUUGGAUCAAUUGGAUCUUGAUUUUUAUUACGAUUUUUUUGUGAACAAAGUCAAAAAAAACCCCACAGACGUUGAACUUUUUGAUUUGGCUCAAUCGGACUCUGAGCAUUCUCGUCAUUGGUUCUUCCGUGGAGAAAUAUGGAUUGAUGAUCGGAAGAGAGAUGGAUCUUUAAUGAAAACAAUCAGAGAGACACUUGACAGUUCAAAUGAUAAUAGUUUGAUUGCUUUUUGCGAUAAUUCCAGCGCAAUUCGAGGAUUCGAGAGUGUCUGCCGUCUUCGUCCAAACGAUCCAACUACUGUAUCCCCAAUGAUUGCCAUAUUUCCACCAUCCCAUCUCAUCUACUCUGCUGAAACUCACAAUUUCCCAACUGCAGUUUGUCCAUUCCAGGGUGCAACAACUGGAACUGGCGGUAGAAUUAGAGAUAUUCAUGCAACUGGAAGAGGGGCAUAUGAGAUUGCUGGAACCGUUGGGUAUUCCUUUGGGAAUUUGAAUUUACCGGGGCUUCCGUUGCCCUGGGAAGAUGAGACAUUCGAGUAUCCCACAUCGAUCAGUGAACCAGCGAAGAUAGCCAUAGAGGCUUCCAAUGGAGCAUCAGAUUAUGGUAACAAGUUCGGUGAGCCCGUGAUUUCUGGAUUUGCUCGAUCAUUUGGGCAGAGACUAGAGAACGGAGAAAGAUGUGAAUACUUGAAGCCAAUUAUGUUUUCUGGAGGAAUUGGUGCAAUAGACAAAGAUGAAGUACGAAAAGAGCCAUGUGCUCCUCAUCAAAAAGUCGUCAAAAUCGGCGGCCCCGUAUACAGAAUUGGAGUCGGUGGUGGAGCUGCAAGUUCAGUUUCUGUUCAAGGAAAUCGUGAAAAUCAGUUGGACUUUGCUGCCGUGCAACGUGGAGAUGCUGAAAUGGGUGGUAAACUUCAUCGAGUUGUUAGAGCAUGUGCAGAGAGAAUUGGUGGAAAUCCAUUGAUGGCGAUACAUGAUCAAGGAGCUGGUGGAAACGGAAAUGUGAUCAAAGAAUUGGUGGAGGGAUGUGGUGUCACAGUGAAAAGUGACACAUUCCAGCUCGGUGAUGAGAGUAUAUCGUUGAGAGAACUAUGGACAGCUGAGUAUCAGGAAAACGACGCAGCUCUUGUAGAUGCAUCACUUCUCGAUGCUCUCCAAACCAUUUCCAAACGCGAAAAAUGUCAUGUGUCAGUUGUUGGAGAAGUAGAAAAAGAGCAAAGAGUCAAGCUCCUUGGGAAAUCUGGUGAAAUUGCAGUUGACCUAGAUACCCGGCAACUUGGAGAACGAGAAAAGAAGGUGUUCAAGUUGAAAAGUGCCCCGAGGGUUUUGAAGAAACUAGAGUUACCAGAAAAUCUGACAGUAAGAAAAGCUCUGAAAAGAGUUUUGAUGUUGCCUUCAGUUGCUAGCAAAAGAUAUUUGACAUGCAAAGUAGACCGAUCUGUAACUGGAUUGGUUGCUCAACAGCAAUGUGUUGGACCUCUACACACCCCACUUGCUGAUGUAGCAGUCGUGGCUCUGUCACAUUUUGAUACGGUUGGUGGAGCCGUGUCUCUUGGCGAACAACCCAUAAAAAUGCUAAUCGACGCUGAAAAAGGAGCCCGAAUGUGUAUUGCGGAGACGAUAAUGAACCUCAUUUGGGCACCAAUUACCGAUUUAAAAGACGUAAAAAUGUCGGGUAACUGGAUGUGGGCUGCAAAAUGUGACGGAGAAGGGGCUCGUUUAGUUGAUGCUGUUGGAGCUCUUUGUCGUGGACUUCGUGAGAUUGGAUGUGCGAUUGACGGAGGAAAAGAUUCGUUAUCAAUGGCGGUGACCGCCCAUGGAGAAGUGGUCAAGAGUCCCGGUACUCUUGUACUUUCCGCAUAUGCUCCUUGCACAAAUGUUACAAAAGUUGUGAAUCCAUCGCUGAAAGCUGUUCCCGGUUCAAAAAUCUUGUGGAUCAAGAUUGGAAGUUCCGAAGAGAAAAUGAGGCUUGGAGGAAGUGCACUGGCACAAGUUUAUUCACAGAUUGGAGACGACUGUCCGGAUAUUGAGAACUUCUCGGAAAUUUCUAAAGUGUUCUCAAUUGUUCAACAGUUACUGAAUAGAGAAGAGCUGGCAGGGCCUUUGAGAAAACCAAUUAUUUUGGCAGGACAUGACAUAUCGGAUGGAGGACUCUUGACUGCUAUUCUGGAAAUGGCAUUUGCUGGAAAUGUUUCUAUUGAUAUUGAUAUCAAGCCCCCCAACCAGAAUAUCAAGCCUAUCGAUAUUUUAUUCGCUGAAGAAUGUGGCAUACUUUUGGAAGUUUCUAAUCCUGAAAAUGUUCUGCACAUAUUCUCUGAAGCUGGAAUUAAAUGCCAAGAAAUUGGAAAAGCAUCUGCCGUGUUUGGUCCAGAUGCCCACGUAAAAAUCCAUGUGAAUGGUCAUUUGGAAAUCAAUGAGAAGCUGGUUGAUUUGAGAGAAGAAUGGGAAUUGGUUGGAGAUCGAUUGGGAGAGUUUCAGACAAAUCCCAAGAGUUUGAAGGAAGCAAGAGAGGUUCGAAGAACAUGUCAGAAGAUCAAUUAUAAAUGUGAUUUUGAUUGGUAUUAUAAUCCAGCGUUUAUUCAUAAUGAGCAGUACUUUUCUACAGCCCCACGAGUCGCUAUAAUCCGUGAAGAAGGUUCGAAUGGUGAUCGAGAAAUGGCUUCUGCAUUCACUCUUGCUGGAUUCCAAACAUUCGAUGUCACAAUGACUGAUAUUUUGGCUGGGCACACUUUGGAAGCUUACAGAGGUGUCGCGUUUGUGGGUGGAUUUUCAUAUGCUGAUGUUCUGGGGUCUGCGAAAGGUUGGGCUGCCGGUGUUCAAUUCAACGAGUCUGUUUCAAAGCAAUUCGAAGCUUUCCGUUCGAGACCUGACACAUUCUCAUAUGGAGUUUGUAAUGGAUGUCAGUUGAUGGCUCAAUUGGGAUGGAUUGGGGAUGAAGAACAGAAAGGGCCUACUGUUUUUUUGGAUGAAAACGAAUGUGGGAGAUUUGAUAGCAGUUUUGGGCCAGUUAAAAUCGAAAAAAACGUCAGCAUUAUGCUUUCCGGAAUGGAAAACUCCGUUCUCGGCCUCUGGUCUUCUCAUGGAGAGGGUCGCUUCACCUACCGUAACCUUCAAAACUUCCAAAAUCUGAAGACAAAUGGUCAAGUCUGUAUUCGUUUUUGUGAUGAUCGAGGAAUGACUGGCGCUGAUCAUGGAUCCGUGAAGCUACCGUACCCAUGGAAUCCCAAUGGAUCCAUUGAUGACGUGGCAGCUAUUUGUAGUCGGGACGGACGUCAUCUUGCUAUGAUGCCACAUGCUGACAGAUCAUUCUUGACGUGGCAAUGGGCGGAGUCAAGUGAGGUUCCAUGGAAUGCAAGAUUCGAUCAAAAGACAGUGGCACUUUCCCCAUGGAUCAAAAUGUUUAGAAAUGCAUAUAAUUGGUGUCUUUGAAUAUUCUUUGACAGUUGGAAGUUGUUUUAAAAUAAAUUAAUAUUUUAUUGCAAGGAAACCCAAAUGUACAGACAAUCGUAUUCAACAAGAGCAAAUAAAUUAAUAAAUUAAUAACAAGAAA